UUGGUGUCCACUUCUUUCCAUUUUUGUUGGUUUACUGGCCGACUUUGGGAAUCAUUUAGAAUUGUUCUACUUUUUUUAGCGAAAGCCUGUGCAUCGUUUGCCGAAAGCUGCGAUCUAAGAAGGGAUUAUGUUAUUGAACUGUUGAAUGUGGGUUCAAUUCGGGACGCUGCAGCUAAUUCACAACUUGGUCUGUGGUGCGCCUUGAAAUGUGGCGUUCUCUUCAGGAUGCAGCAGUUUGUUAAUAUCAACACAUUGAUUCGAUCAUGUGUAGUUCAACCAGAUUUCAAAAACGAUAUUCAACACUGUUUGGAUAUGAUGCGAAUGAUGUAUUCGAAUGAAUCCUCGAAGAACUUAUUCGGUUGCCCUAUGAAGAAGUCUUCAGAAGUAUCGUUCUCAGAUGAUUUGGCUAUUGAGAUACCCUUCACCAAUGUGAGUUUUUCGCCUCGUACCUCAACUCCAAGUCGAUCUCCAGCUCGUGUGGGGCAGAAAACUAUUGCUGCUUCUAUCAUGGAGUCUUUUGAAGAGCUCCGAUUGGAAUCUGGCAAAACUCCUCCACGAGGUCGAUCACCGGGCAGAAUCACCUCCAAACUUAUUGACUCAUUUCAUGAACUUACCCUGACCGAGACGAUAUGUUCUUUGCAUGAGCUCUCGGACAGUUGCAACUGUAGUUUCUGUGAAUUGUGUAGAACGAAUUACAAUGCAGCCUUCGAAUACUGGUUUUCGUCGUUUCUAUAUGAAUCAAUGUCGGAGGUGGGUACAGGGGAUGUGGCUACAAGUUUAUUAUAA